ACUGACUUUUGACGCGCAAACAAGCUGUGCAGGCGAAAUGAUGGAAUGUAAACAGGACCCCCCCGCGGUCACCUCAGGAUCCCUUCUCUUUCCAGUGACGUUGAUGACUACGGGUCCUCUCGCUCUCCCCUUCCUCUUACGUGACUGAGUAGAGCGAAUGAACAGAUUUGGCAACGGCCCCUGCGCCUAAGCCUAAAGCCUCUCACCAUCGACGCGUUCCACACUUGGAGACUUUACCUCCUUCCUCCUCAAAUCCGCUCACUCACCACUUGUUUUCAUGGCACGGCUCUCGUCGACUUCCCAAAGCUCACAGGUGCCUCUUACGCUGAGCCCCUCACCUUUGAGGAACAAGACUGGUUGCUUCACUUGUAGAACACGCGCAAAGAAAUGCGACGGAGAUUGGUUCGGGCCGUGUCCUACAUGUUUGCGGUUGAAUGUCCCAUGUUUGGGGUUUGGAAAGGAAAUUCCUUCAUGGCUCAGGGAUAACAAGACUAAAAUACGUGCAUUGCUAAGGGACCACAUUGCUGAAAUGGCCUCCGAAGUGUUGUCCUUAGAAUCAUUUUUCCCGAAGGGCUGGUUCCCAUAUUUUGCCUCACCCAAAUCGGAUACCCAUGUGACGAUCUCCUCCGAUAACGGAAAUGAUGCCGAUGAUGGCAGUACAGCUUCAUCGUCACCGGUGCAUAUAGCAACAACACCCGCCGAUCGAGCCGAUUGGCACCCUAGUCCCACAAUCCCUGAUUUCUCGACGACGACUGUCGAGAACGAGACUACGCUCGAACUUAAUGAAUUCAAGUUCCAUUAUGAUCCCAUUCCUCCCAGGAUCUGGGGGGAAGUGUCUUAUUUGCUUUAUCGCCCUUCUCCCUCCCCUUCCCCUGAGCCGACAGUUAUUCACCGAGCCGAACGGACAAGGUGCCAAGGAGAGGGUGGUGCUGUAACCCAUUCACAAGUCCGAUCUGCUAUUCGCCUCCAGACUCGCCUCCAGGGACGUCACAUGAGCGACAUUCGAUUCGCCAGUCGUACGGAAGGAGCGAGGCACCCAUCCCAGAGUAGCCGCACCACCACCAGAGACACUUUACUAAAGGUGGCUUCCAGCAACAGAGGGCCACCAUCGAUGGUCCAAUCACUCUUCUAUUAACCGAUCUGUGACGUUUGUCCAGUAAUUUAGUGGUGUGGGGGCGUGGGACUCCGUGCCUUUGCUGUGCAUCGUGCAGGGAUGCUCCUUCACCACUCUGGUUCAGGCACCCAGAGUCACCGCUUCUUCCCGCACUUCCUCCCCUUUAUAUGUCACCCCUUCUCCUUGCUAUUCGUCUAACCACAAUGAUGCGCGAGGGUGCCUGAAUGCGUCGACUUUUUAUUUCUAUCUCUGGUAUAAUGGACAUCUGCCGAUUCAUGGGGCCUAGAUUUUGGUUUCGCUUCAUCCUUGAGCGAAUAAAUUAUGUACAACUGAUGUACCUCUGCACUGCACCUCAUUUGAGAACAAAGGAAGACACGGCCCAAUGGGAGAUUUGUGUCUGUGAAGUGUGCCUCGGAACAGAAAAAACCCGACGUAGAACGCGGCCCACGAUUUUUCGUGCUGAUCCUAUUCAUUGCUGGGAAACGAG